AAAAACAGAGACGGCCCUGCGGAAUGUAAACAAUAUGGCUGGCUGUUAGAUAUGAGAGAUUUUGGAGUUGAUUUCGAUUGUGCUGUCAGGUUUCCGGAACUAACCGACUAAAGUCGAUUCCGCACGAAUUAAAUCCAAAAACGGACCAAAAAAAGGAGUUAUUCCUGCCAUUUAAAAAAAGUUAUACAUUGUAGCGCCAACUCUGGUUAUUACCAUAGCUCGUUCAGUUAUAUAGCUUUAAGACUACAGAAGUUUUGUAAGUUGUACACAAUUCUUGCAUUAAUGCGCAGAGAAACGUUUCCCAGACACACAUUCUCCAUUCAUCUACACGCGAACUUGAACUGAAUCAACAUCACGGUGUGGAAUCGACUCUGAAUCAUUAAGAGUCGAAUCUCAUUUCAUCAUACUGUAAUCAAAGAAUCGAGUACCAACAGGUUCCACCGGUGGAGCGCUUGAAAUAUUCCUGCCAUUACAGCUGAUAAGCACAGACAUUGUAGCAUUGCGUUAGCUGUUCUGGAUACACAGUUGCUGAACUAAUUUCAGAAAGAAAACGAAUUAAACAUGACGAAACCAAGAAAAGUGAGUAAAAUGGUUUUAAGUGUCGAGCAGUCAGAGGGAGUCGGAGCAAGAGUUCGCAGAAGCAUCGGACGCAAAGAACUAAGAAACCUGGAUCCGUUUCUCAUGUUGGAUGAGUUCUGCGUGAGGAAGCCUGCGGGUUUUCCUGAUCAUCCUCACCGUGGCUUUGAGACGGUAACAUACGUUUUAAGCGGUGCAUCAGCUCAUGAAGAUUUUUGUGGACAUACUGGAAAACUGGAGCCCGGGGAUCUUCAGUGGAUGACUGCAGGACGAGGUGUUGUUCACGCAGAGAUGCCUGUAUCAGACGAACCUAUUCAGGGUCUUCAGCUUUGGGUGAACCUGCGCAAAGCAGAUAAAAUGGUGGAGCCUCAGUACCAGGAACUGAAGAGCAAACAGAUUCCCAAGCCUAGCAAAGACGGCGUGACUGUCAGCGUCAUUUCCGGAGAAGCACUCGGGGUGAAGUCAAAAAUCUACACCAGAACUCCAACGAUCUAUCUCGACUUCCGCCUCAGCGAGGGUGCAAAACACGUGCAGCCGAUAUCUUUGGGCUGGACCGCAUUUAUCUACACGAUCUCGGGAGUUGUGCAUGCUGGGCCAGAAGACGAUCAGAAGAAAGUUGAACCUCACCACACUGUGGUUUUUGAGGAUGGGGAUUGUAUCAGAGUGGAAAACAAGGCCGCUGAGGACGCACACUUUGUGCUGAUCGCUGGAGAACCUAUCAAGGAACCAGUGGUGCAGCAUGGUCCAUUCGUCAUGAGCUCUGACGAGGAGAUAGAGCAAGCCAUUGCAGACUACCGAUCAUGCACAAACGGAUUUGAGAGAGCAAAAGACUGGCAGUCAAAAAUACGUGGUCUGAUGUAAACAUUUAUGUACAGAAAUGUGUUGAAUUUUUACACAUCAAAAGCACUUUUAACUAUUAGCUUCAAAUAUAAUACAUUAUAAGCUGCAUUUAUUUACUUUGGUGAUUUUUUU